AUGAUUCCAGUACUAUGCAUGAUCAUGCUGGUGCUUAAGCAGAAGGUGGAAAAACUCAGCCUUCUAAAUGUGUAUUAUGCAGCUUCCUGUGAUCCCUGCCCAGAAGACCAAUAUCCCAACGUGGACAAGGACCACUGCAUUGCCAAGAAGAUCCACUUCCUUGCCUAUCAAGAGCCUCUGGGAUAUGUUCUAUCUUCUCUCACACUUUCUCUCUCAAUGAUAACAUUAGCAGUUCUGGCAAUUUUUCUUAAACAUCAUGAUACACCAAUUGUCAAGGCCAACAACCAAGAUCUCACCUACAUCCUCCUGGUCUCCCUUCUGUUCUGCUUCCUAUGCUCCUUUCUCUUCAUUGGGCAAUCCCGGACACUCAACUGUCUCUUCCGACAAACUGCCUUUGCCAUUCUCUUUUCCCUUGCAGUUUCCUCUGUUUUGGCAAAAACUGUCAUGGUGGUUCUGGCCUUCAUGGCCACUAAGCCAGGGAACAGAGCAAGGAAAUUCUUAGGAAAACGACUGACCAACUCCAUUGUCUUAGCCUGUCCCCUGAUUCAAGCAGUUCUUUGUGUCACCUGGCUGGCAACCUCUCCCCCAUUUCCCAACUUUGAUUUCCACUCCUUAGUAGGAGAGACCAUCUUGGAAUGUAAUGAAGGGUCAGCUUUAAUGUUUUACGCUGUCCUCGCCUACCUGGGGUUUUUGGCCCUGGUUUGUUUCACUGUCGCCUUUCUGGCUAGGAAAUUGCCUGACAGCUUUAACGAAGCCAAGUUCAUUACUUUUAGCAUGCUUAUCUUUUGCAGUGUUUGGAUUACCUUCUUCCCCACCUACCUGAGCACCAAAGGGAAGUCCAUGGUGGCUGUGGAGAUCUUCUCCAUUUUGGCCUCUGGGGCUGGUCUCUUGGCUUGUAUCUUUUUUCCUAAAUGCUACAUUAUCUUAUUCAAGCCAGAUCUGAAUGAGAGAAAAAAUAUAAUGGGGCACUAG